AUGGGCUGCUCCAUCUCGGGGCUCAACGCGCUCUACGACGCGGCCACGGGCGGCGGCGACGUCUGGAUCAACGAGCGCCGCUUCCGCGUCCUCCGCCAGAUCGGCGAGGGCGGCUUCGCCUUCGUCUACCUCGUCAGGGAGCACCAGCCCGCCUCCGAUGCCGCGCUCGCCAGGCGUGACACCGCCCACGUCUCAGAGGAUGGAACGUAUGCCAUGAAGAAGGUGCUGAUACAGAGCAAGGAGCAGUUGGAUCUGGUGAGGGAGGAGAUCCGUGUGUCGUCAUUGUUCAAUCACCCCAACCUUCUGCCGCUUCUCGAUCAUGCCAUAAUAGCUGUCAAGAAUCAACAGGGAGAUUGGAGCCAUGAAGCAUACCUACUUUUCCCUGUUCAUUUGGAUGGUACUUUGUUCGACAACGCUAACAUCAUGCUGUCCAGAAAGGAAUUCUAUUCCACAGCUGAUGUUCUGCAAAUAUUCCGGCAGAUGUGUGAAGGGCUGAAACACAUGCACAGCUUUGAUCCUCCAUACGCCCAUAACGAUGUUAAGCCUGGUAAUGUUCUUAUAACCUGGCGUAAAGGACAAGCACCUGUUGCAACUUUAAUGGAUUUUGGAAGUGCAAGGCCUGCAAGAAAGGAAAUCCGUUCUCGUUCUGAGGCAUUACAGUUGCAGCUAAGUAUUAUUGAUCCAUAUUGUGUCUGUAGGAAUGGGCUGCUGAGCAUUGCUCAUAUAUCGGCCCCUGAAUUAUGGGACUGCCCAAGCCAUGCUGAUAUUGAUGAGAGGACAGACAUCUGGUCUCUAGGAUGCACCCUUUUUGCUAUCAUGUACAAUGUUUCACCAUUUGAGUAUGCUCUUGGUGAGUCUGGAGGAAGUCUGCAACUUGCCAUUGUCAACGGGCAAUUGAAGUGGCCAGCAGGACCCAAACCUCCUUAUCCUGAUGAGCUUCGUCAGUUUGUUAUCUGGAUGCUUCAACCUCAAGCCGCAAUGCGCCCGCACAUUUCCGAUGUGGUUCUUCAUGUUGACAAGCUCAUUGCAAAAUACUUGCCCUAG